AUGGCCGGGGUUCUGGAGAGAGUGUUCCCGAUGGAGCAAGUAUCUGAGGAUCUUGGGAAGUACCGCAGCACCAGGUUUGCCAGCGCCCCGUCCACCUUCAUCGUCGGGCCGGAGCGCUGCAACAAGACGGCAAUGCUGGUCCAGGCAGCAGUGACCGAGGCAGCAGCUGAUGGGCAGGUGCUGUUCAUUGCCCCGAAGAAGGUGGAUGGUCUGCCCCACGGUGUUCAUGGUAUGCCCCAGCCUUCCUCCUCGCCCAUGGAGAGCGUGAGAUUCCUGUACGCAGAAAGUGAAAGGGAAGUGACUGGCUACCUCGCGUCCCUCCACAUGAUGCCCGCCGGUGACAGGCCGACUCUCAUCAUUAUUGACGACUUCCAGUUCUUCAAUCGCCAUCCGAGCGCGUAA